GCUGGAUACUAUUCCUGGCAACAUUCUGACAACAUCCCCUUAAAACGUGACUUUCUGGAUUUCUGAAAAUGGAUCCGAUUACCCGAUUCCUUUCUUCGAUGUCACCUAAUUAUUCCGAAUCAGAAGCAGUGAAGCUGGAUGUCAAAAUUAUUAAGGCCGUAGUCAAUCGUGCAUAUGGGUUGGUUGCCGAAACCGUCUUGUCCACAAACCGUCCAAAGUUUUCUAUUGCCUACGUGGUACUGGAUUCGAAUACUCCGCUACCCACGAGCACAGCUGUGCAAGCUCCUGAACAGCUAGGUGCCACCACCCGGUCUCAUCGAGGAUGGAACCCGGAAUUCCAUCAGCAUUCCACCGUCCGCGCUAAUGUAAACCAGUUGUUAGAAUUUCGGCUCGUCGCUCGACGUCAUUCUACCGAUGAAGGUUUGGUGAUCGGUUACUGCCGGUUAGUCAUUCGCCAGGCAGCUGAAGCAAAUGGUCACCGGCUUGACAAUAGGAUUUUCGAUUUAAAGAUCAAUCGUCUCCCAACCGACUCGGUUGCGUUCCAAGCUGGCAUAGCUGACCUUGGCAAGCUCUAUGUACAGCUGGGUGCGAAUCCGCGAGAAUUAAACGAUGCAUUGAACGCCGGCAGCUCAAACCAGCAGACCAACCGCCAAACCCGUUCCGACAGCGUGCACUCCUCAACUACCACAGUUCCUCCCCCUCGUCCGCCUACAACGUAUCCCGCUGCACCAGAGCCCAACGGUGGUCCAUCUACACCAAAUGGAGAGGAUGUCAGUGACACCCCACUGCCUCCUCACUGGGAACGUCGGGUGGCUCCAAACGGUCGUGCUUAUUACCUAGAUCACCUCACAAAGACCACGACUUGGGUCCGACCGUCCCCCUUACCCCCAGGUUGGGAACGCCGACUGGAUGCACACGGUCGAGUGUACUACGUAGACCAUAAUACACGCACUACUACAUGGCAACAUCCCAGCCCAACGCUACUUAGUAACAUUCGAGAGUGGAGGCAGUUCUCUGACUCUCGUAGCGGCGCCAUGCAACAGGACAUGGAUCAGCGUUAUGCGAAUGCCAAUUGGAAUGCCGGUUCGAUCGGGUUCAAUACCUCUGGUGCGCCGGCAACCAGUGCUGCAGCCACAUCUGGUUUGGAUCUGUUAGGACCCUUGCCUGAAGGAUGGGAACGUCGUGUCGAUCCCCAGGGUCGGUCCUACUUUGUAAAUCAUACUAGCCGGACCACUCAAUGGGAAGAUCCAAGACUGCAAGGACCCCCUUUACCUCGUGGUUGGGAAGUUCGUGUCACUCCAGAGGGAUGCCCAUUCUUCCUCAAUCAUAUCCAGAAGAUCACCACUUUUGUGGAUCCCCGACGGGGUGAUGCAAACUCUGUGAAAAAAGAAUGGUCUUUCGAACACAAAGUCUCCUGUUUCCGUUACCUAUGCCAUUCCAACGCCGUACAGGGAACGACAAAAAUUAACGUUUCCCGUGCUCGCCUUCUGGAAGAUUCAUUCGAUCAGUUUAUGCAACUAAACACCCACGAGCUUCGACGACGGCUCUACAUCACAUUUGAGGGAGAGGAAGGCUUAGAUUACGGUGGUCUAUCCAGGGAAUUCUUUUUCAAACUCUCCGUAGAACUUCUGAACCCCAUGUACUGCCUAUUCGAAUAUGCCAGUGGAACCAACUAUUCCUUACAGAUCAAUCCAGCCUCUUCCGUCAAUCCAGAACAUUUGCAAUAUUUCCGGUUUGUGGGUCGCUUCAUCGCCCUGGCUUUGUACCACGGGAGGUUCAUUGAUAAUGGCUUCACCCUGCCGUUCUACAAACGUAUGCUUCAUAAGAAAAUCACGCUGGAGGACAUUCAGACCGUGGAUGAGAUGUACUACAGUUCGCUCAGAUAUAUCUUAGAAACUAAUGUUGACGAAGCAGACAUGGACCUCUACUUUUCGGAUGAUUAUGAAGUCCUCGGUGAAGUCAAGACACACGAACUGAAGCCUAACGGAAGCACCAUCAAGGUGACGGAAGAAAACAAGUCGGAAUACAUCGACCUUAUUGUGAACUGGCGAUUUUCCCGAGGUGUUGAGGAACAAACUGAAGCAUUUCUUCAGGGAGUUUCUGAUGUAUUCCCGUUACAGUGGCUGCAGUACUUUGACGAGCGGGAGCUUGAGCUCCUUCUGUGCGGAAUGCAACAGUUGGAUGUUAACGAUUGGGAAGCCAAUACAAUUUACAAAAAGUAUACUGAGCGUUGCAGAGAAAUUCAAUGGUUUUGGCAAUUUGUCCGGGAGUUGCCUCAGGAGAAGCGCGUGCGUCUUCUACAGUUUGUGACUGGCACUUGUCGAAUCCCGGUUGGCGGCUUCAAGGACUUGAUGGGCAGCAACGGGCCGCAAAGGUUCUGUAUAGAAAAGGUCGGUGACGAGCGCUCACUUCCACGGAGCCACACCUGUUUCAAUCGGCUCGACCUGCCGCCCUACAAAUCCUACGAACAACUCAAGGCGAAGCUUACGCUUGCCAUUGAUGAAUCUGAGGGAUUUGGUCAAGAGUAAGGAAGCCUCAGCAGCAACAGCAUCAGCCGGUUGUCGAAAACCACCCAUAUCUAUCCCGUUUCAUUCCCCAAAUGUGUGUCUAUGUCUGUUUUGGUGGUCCGCCCUCUCCUCCACACAGUUCUGCACACACAAACACACAUUGAGCUCCAACCAUUGAGAUGUUUUUUGAUUGCUAUUAUCUUUACCUUUCAUUAUCAGUCACCGAUCGUUCACUUUUCUCUGCCCAUUCUCCGGAAACCACGCAACAAGUUCUAAGAAUGGAACCGAUUAUUUUCGAAUAACCUCAAUCACGUAUCACCCUCCACGCUGCACACGACUGAACAGGCAAUGCGACCCCCCCCCCCCACACUGUCUGCCAUAGUGAGCAUACGUGGAGAAGGGUACGCUUAAUUUUGUCUUUCUCUGCUCUUUUUUGCCUGAUAUCGUUGUUUUGUUACGAACUUUCUUUAGUCAUAUGUACGUGAAGUAGGCAACCUAAUCAUUUACUUUGCCAACAUUCGGUGAACUAUACGCUGCUCUCUAGUUCUUCUGUAUCCACUCACCUAUGUCUGACGUGCAUAUUUUCUGAGGGUUCAAUAGAGAACGGCUCAGGUCUUUCGGAAGAUAUUGUUUCUAACCAGACAGUUAGGUAAGGUUUUUUCGUCGCUCACCCAGUUGUGGACUGUUGCAAACCAAAGUGGCAAAACUGAUGAUAUUUCUUGUUACACAAGAU